AUGGCUUCCACUCUCUCCAAUUUCUACAAAGAUGCCCUGCUGUUGGCCGCCUUGCUCGGAACUGCACAGGCACAACCGGUGGGCACAAACACCGCUGAAGUUCACCCAUCCUUGACUUGGCAAAAAUGCACCACUGGAGGCAGCUGCACUUCCCAAACCGGCAAGGUUGUCGUCGACGCCAACUGGCGCUGGGUUCACAACACUACCGGCUUCACCAAUUGCUAUACUGGCAACGAGUGGGAUACAACUAUCUGCCCGGACGAUAUUACUUGUGCCACUAACUGCGCCCUAGAAGGUGCCGACUACUCGGGCACUUAUGGUGUUACCACCAGUGGCAGCUCUUUGCGGCUGAACUUCGUCACCCAGGCAUCUCAGAAGAACAUUGGCUCACGUCUCUACCUGAUGGCGGAUGAUAGCAAGUAUGAAAUGUUCCAACUGCUCAAUCAAGAGUUCACCUUCGAUGUCGAUGUCUCGAACCUUCCCUGCGGCUUGAACGGUGCUCUCUACUUCGUAUCCAUGGACGCAGAUGGUGGCAUGGCACGAUAUCCUGCCAACAAAGCCGGUGCUAAGUACGGCACCGGUUACUGUGAUUCCCAAUGCCCGCGCGACCUUAAGUUCAUCAACGGCCAGGCCAACGUGGAAGGGUGGGAGCCUUCUUCCAACGACGUCAACGCUGGUACUGGCAACUAUGGUUCUUGCUGUGCUGAGAUGGAUAUUUGGGAGGCCAACUCGAUCUCCACUGCAGUCACACCUCAUCCCUGCGAUGACCCAACCCAGACUAGGUGCAGUGGAGAUGCUUGUGGUGGUACAUACAGCAGUGACCGCUAUAGUGGUACUUGUGACCCUGAUGGAUGUGAUUUCAACCCAUAUCGCAUGGGCAACCAGUCUUUCUAUGGCCCGAGCAAGAUCGUUGAUACCAAGUCACACAGUCACCACCAGCAGCACCACCACCACCACCACCAAGGCAACCAGAAACACCACCACUACUGGAUCAAGUACCACCGGUGCAGCUCACUAUGCCCAAUGCGGUGGAAUUAA